AUGGCGGGCCCCGGGCGGCGGCGUGAGGCGGCCAGCGCGGCUUCUUCGUGCCCAGGCCCGGGCCCGAGCCCGUGGGCGCUGAGGCCAGAUCACGCUAGCGGCUGUGGCAGCGGCGGCGGCGGCGGCGAUGACUUCUCCCUGGUGCUGCUGGACCCGGUGGGCGCAGCCACCAUUCACGGCCAAGACCUGCAGUUGCGCUCGGAGAACGGCGUCCUCGCGCUAGCCACGCCCCCACCGCAGCCCGGGGGACUCAUCGCCCGGCAGGCCGGGAUCCCGCACGCCGCGCAGCCUGGAACUGCCCGGAGCUGCCGCCCGACCUCCUGCUGGCGGAGCGCGCAGAACCUGCGCCUGCCCCAGCGCCUGAGGAGGCGGCGGAGGGCCCGGCUGCUCUUGAGAGCCCCCGCGGGCUUUAGCAGGAUGUGGACACUUGGAAAAGCCGAACGAUGCCCAGUCGCCACUUGUAAUAAACUCUUCACGUCCAAGCACAGCAUGAAGACCCGCAUGGCCAAAAGGCACAACCUGCGCCAGGAUCUCUUAGCUCAGCUGGAAGCUGCAAAUUCUCUUACACCCAGCAGUGAACUUAGCAGCCAGGGGCAGGGUGACCUCAGUGAUGCUGGGCUGUGUCUCUCUUCUCUAAUGUGCCUGGUGAUAGUUCUGCUGCAGUGCUGCAGUGCAUUGGCGAACUCUGGGAUCUUGACUAUUGAUGUGCCUUCUGUGAACUCAGCUCUGGCAGGAAACCUCCCUGCUAAUAAUAAUAAUUCCUUAGGGCAGGCGGUGGACCCUCAGGCCUUGAUGGCCACCAGUGACCUUCCUCAAAGUUUGGAUACCUCACUCUUCUUUGGAACGACAGCAGCAGGUUUUCAGCAGGGUCCCUUAGAUAUGGAUGAUGUCUCAAGCCUAAGUGCAGGGCCGUUGGCAUCUCUGAGCUCUUUGGCUGUGAAAAACUCAAGUCAAGAGCCCCAAGAUUUGACCCCUAGUAAUAAGCUAACAGUAGACACAGAUGCUCUGACUCCUUCAAGCACCCUUUGUGAAAACAGUGUCUCAGAACUACUGCCACCAACCCAAACGGAAUGGAAUGUACAUCCUGACUCUGACUUCUUUGCACAGGAGGAAGAAACCCAGUUUGGAUUCGCCAAUCCAGCAGGAAACCAUGGGUCUCAGAAAGAAACAGAUCUUAUCAUAGUGACUGGCAGCUCAUUUUUGGCUUGUGUUGAACAAGACAAGCUGGGUCAAGCAUUUGAAGAUGCUUUUGAAGUACUGAGGCAGCAUUCAACUGGAGACUUUCAGUACUCCCCAGAUUACAAAAAUUACCUGGCUUUUAUCAACCACCGUUCUCAUAUCAGAGGAAAUCCCAACAGCUAUGGUGUGCAGCCUGCAGAGGAACCCAUCUAUAAUUGGAGAACGGUAAUAAACAGCUCUGCAGACCUCUAUUUUGAAGGAAAUAUUCAUCAAUCUCUGCAGAACAUCCCCGAAAACCAGCUGGUACAACCUGCUCUUCUCCAGCAAAAGGGAGGAAAAGGUAUGAAGAAGCUCCGACUGUUUGAAUAUCUUCACGAAUCCCUGUGUAAUCCAGAGAUGGCAUCUUGUAUUCAGUGGAUAGAUCAAACCAAAGGCAUCUUUCAGUUUGUAUCAAAAAACAAAGAAAAACUCGCCCAACUCUGGGGAAAAAGAAAAGGCAACCGGAAGACCAUGACUUACCAGAAAAUGGCCAGAGCACUGAGGAAUUAUGGAAGAACUGGGGAAAUCAUCAAAAUCCGGAGAAAGCUAACUUACCAGUUCAGUGAGGCCAUUCUCCAAAGACUGUCUGCACCUUAUUUCUUGGAAAAAGAGAUCUUCUAUUCACAGUAUGUUCAACCUGAUCAAGGAUAUCUCAGUUUAAAUAACUGGAAUGCUAAUUAUAAUUAUACAUAUGCCAAUUACUAUGAGCUAAGUCACCCUGAUUGCUAA